AUAAAUCUGCCCUCUUUAGUUCGACUAGGUCGCCACAAAACAAAACUCAUGGCAUCUACAAUUUUUUUUCUGUCAUUUUUCCUUCUCAUAAAUCUUACAUCAUCAGAUUUUGCCGGAGAUCAAGCUGAAUGCGGAGAUCAACUAGUUGGGUUGGCCGGAUGUUUACCUUACGUGCAAGGAGAUGCGAAAUCUCCAACUCCUGACUGUUGCACUAGUCUCAAAAGUGUCCUUUUGAAGAGUCCUAAAUGCCUUUGCGUACUCAUCAAAGACCAUGAUGAUCCACAACUCGGCCUUAAGAUUAAUGUCACCCUUGCAGUAUCAUUGCCCUCCACUUGCGGCGUCCAUGCCAACGUAUCGGAGUGCCCAAAGUUGCUUAACCUCAAACCAAAUUCAAAGGAUGCUCAGAUGUUCAAGCAGUUGGCUGAGGCGACUCAAGACAAUGCUAACAGCGACAAUGGAAAUACCACAAGUGCUGGAACAACACCAAGUGCAAGUGCAAAUGAUGCUAACACAUGUGGAAUGAAUAUUCAUUUGCGUGGUUGGAGUUUACCGAAUUUGGGAGUGGAGAUGAUCCUCCUUGUCCUUCCGUUAAUCCUUUUGGUUGGUUAGGGGUUUAAAAGAUGAGUGUUGUCAUAUGUGUAACAUGACAUUAUCAUUAAUUGGUUUUCAUAAGGAACUUUGUUAAUCUAGUUGUUGUGGUGCGCUAUCAUAUUUAUCUAAGUUGAUCAACCUAGUUUAAUUUUAUA